UCGCCGGGAAGCGGCGGUACCAUAGAGAGGGGCAGCUAGAGGGGCGGCAGCCGGGGUCAGCCUGGGCAGAGCGGAGGCGCCGGCAGUGUUGCCCCAUGGCGGCGUGGGGGCUGCUGCUGCGUGCGGGGCCGCGGCUGCUGCGGGAGCGAAGGGCUGGGAUACCGCAUUGCUUGCUCAGAAGAACGUUGUUUGGGUUUCCCCAAACGAAAGCAGGUUCUGCUGUGACCCGGCAGAGAGAUGUUUGCUUGAGGCUCUGCAGCCCACGAAGCUCCACAACAGCCACCAGUGCGCCUGGAGAGGACGUCUGGCUGAAGUGGGGCCUCCUCCUCGUGCCCCUGACUGCGUUCUGUCUCGGCACAUGGCAGAUUCAACGUCGAAAAUGGAAAUUAGAUUUGAUUGCACAGUUGGCAUCCAGACUUUCCUCAGAGCCCAUCCCUUUGACAUUAGACCCUAUGGAGUUGAAGGAAUUGGAGUACAGGCCUGUAAAGGUCCGAGGGCAUUUUGACCACUCCAAGGAGCUCUACAUUUUGCCACGGUCACUUGUGGACCCAGAGCGAGAAGCCAGAGAAGCUGGGAAGCUGACAUCCCACGCAGAAAAUGGAGCAAAUGUCAUUACUCCUUUCUACUGCACAGAACUUGGAGUCACGAUUUUAGUCAACCGAGGAUUUGUGCCCAAAAAGAAACUGAAACCAGAGACCAGGCUGAAGGGACAGAUUGAAGAAGAAAUUGACCUCACAGGGGUGGUGAGGUUAUCAGAAAAACGGAAACCUUUUGUACCUGAAAAUAACAUUGAAAAAAACCGCUGGCACUAUCGGGACCUGGAGGCUAUGGCCAAGGUGACUGGUGCUGAGCCCAUCUUCAUUGAUGCAGAUUUCAGAAGCACAGUCCCAGGAGGGCCCAUUGGAGGUCAGACAAGAGUGAGCCUGAGAAACGAGCACAUGCAGUACAUCAUUACCUGGUAUGGUUUGUGUGCUGCAACUUCCCUCUUGUGGUACAGAAAAUUCAUACAAAAAGUACCUCUAUGAAAGGAAGGAUUAAUUUCUGCUCUCCUAUACUACAGUCAAGACUGCAGCCUGAUCAGUCCUGAAGAACUCAGUUUCAGGGCACAGGACUUCCCAGCUGAUACUGGCAGCAGUUUGGAAGCACUGAACUUCAGAAUUAGUGAUGGGUGUUGACACGCUUGCUUACAUCAGCUUUCUGGACAUGUGAAGAAUGCAUUUUUCUAUUGUUGGACAGUUUGGUCACAAGCUACAAAACCUUUUCUUCUCCACUGCUAUAUUUUCUAUAUUAAGUGUAAGCAAAUGAGGGCAAGAGAUUUUAUCAAUCAAAAUUUUUCACAUAGCAGUCAUUCCUGAAGCCAAGACAGGGACACUGCAGAUCCAUCAGGAUAAAUAAAACAGGCCUGUUAGCACUUGUCUUGUGAUUUACGUUGCAUAUCUUACAACUUAAAGAGGGACAUAAAUGCCCUUAAAUGUAACAACUACAGAUUCCAGUUUGAGUAAGACAGUGCACAGUUUUGCAAGAAUAUUAUCAGGGCCAGUAGAAAUAACAGAGUUGCCCCAGUUUGGGCUGAAGGCCUUACCACCAAGCUUGGUUGCCUCCAAGAAUGCCACAAGACCAAAGUCAACAGUCAGCAAAGAACAGAAGGGUAGAAUUACUUCCCUUCACCCCUUUAGUGUGCCUUCGCUGUCUGGUCUUGUCAUGGAAAAGGCAUUACAAACCUUUAAAGGUCCUGAUUUGCUUAAUCCAGUGAAGUGUCACAGCUAUAUAAACAUACCUUUACAAAAUCAUGCAGUAAUUAAGCCUAGGCACUAAUGAUGAUUUACAGCUAUUUCCAAGUCAGAUAUCUGCAUUACUAAGCUAGGCUUAAAGCCAGAAAUAGGCUAGCUUAGCCCAUUCACUGUAGGAUCACCAGUAUGUGCAGCUGAGGGGGCUAUGCUUAAAGGAAAAGAACUUAGGGCUAGCAUAGCAGCCAUGGGAAAUUGUUCUAUGGGAAGUAAUGUGCUCUGUGCAGCCUUCUGGG